UGAAUAUUUAGGUGGAUGAUAUGAUAUAAGAGGUUCAAGUUCAAGUACAAAGAGCAAACUCUUACCAACCUUAAUAAAUAACAACCCUUCAGACAGACCCGAGUCCAGUGGUUUGGAUCCGCAGAGGUUUUGCCUCGUGUUUUGUGUCUCACUGAAGAGCUGAAUAAUGGCAGACGACAGAGAAAAGGCGACGGAUCAGAUGAAACUGUGGAAGGAGGGUCGCGGUUCCCAGCGUCCAGAUGUCCUGACCACUGGAGCCGGAGUCCCGAUAGGGGACAAGUUAAAUGCGAUGACAGCAGGGCCUCGUGGGCCAUUGCUGGUCCAGGACGUGGUGUUUACUGAUGAAAUGGCCCAUUUUGACCGAGAGCGCAUACCAGAGAGAGUCGUGCAUGCUAAAGGAGCAGGAGCGUUUGGCUACUUCGAAGUGACCCACGACAUCACGCGCUACUCCAAAGCCAAAGUGUUCGAGCAUGUUGGAAAGACGACACCGAUCGCUGUCCGCUUUUCCACAGUGGCGGGUGAGGCUGGGUCAUCAGAUACUGUCCGAGAUCCUCGUGGUUUCGCAGUGAAGUUCUACACCGAUGAGGGCAACUGGGAUCUUACAGGGAACAACACCCCCAUCUUCUUUAUCAGGGAUACGCUUUUGUUUCCGUCCUUCAUCCACUCUCAGAAGCGCAAUCCGCAGACUCACCUGAAGGAUCCGGAUAUGGUUUGGGAUUUUUGGAGCUUGCGUCCUGAGUCGCUGCACCAGGUGUCUUUCCUGUUCAGCGAUCGAGGGAUUCCCGAUGGCCACCGUCAUAUGAACGGAUACGGAUCGCACACCUUUAAACUGGUCAAUGCUCAAGGCCAGCCGGUGUACUGCAAGUUCCACUACAAGACUAAUCAGGGCAUUAAGAAUUUGCCUGUUGAAGAAGCGGAUCGUCUGGCUGCCACUGAUCCGGAUUACUCCAUCAGAGACCUUUACAACGCCAUUGCCAAUGGCAACUUCCCAUCCUGGACCUUCUACAUCCAAGUGAUGACCUUUGAGCAGGCCGAAAACUGGAAGUGGAAUCCAUUUGAUUUGACCAAGGUCUGGUCCCAUAAAGAGUUCCCUCUGAUUCCUGUGGGACGUCUCGUGUUGAACCGAAACCCUGUCAACUAUUUCGCAGAGGUUGAGCAGCUGGCAUUUGAUCCCAGUAACAUGCCGCCCGGUAUUGAGCCCAGCCCGGACAAGAUGCUGCAGGGGCGUCUUUUCUCCUACCCAGACACACAUCGACAUCGACUCGGAGCUAAUUACCUCCAACUACCCGUCAACUGCCCGUACCGCACACGCGUGGCAAACUACCAGAGAGACGGACCCAUGUGCAUGCAUGACAACCAGGGUGGAGCUCCAAACUACUUCCCCAACAGCUUCAGUGCUCCUGAUGUCCAGCCUCGCUUCCUUGAGUCAAAGUUUAAAGUGUCUCCUGACGUGGCCCGAUACAACAGCGCAGACGAUGACAACGUGACCCAGGUGCGCACGUUCUUCACUCAGGUGCUGAAUGAAGCCGAGCGAGAGCGUCUGUGUCAGAAUAUGGCCGGACAUCUGAAAGGAGCUCAACUCUUUAUCCAGAAACGCAUGGUGCAAAACCUGAUGGCUGUUCACUCUGAUUAUGGCAACCGAGUUCAGGCUCUCCUGGAUAAACACAACGCUGAAGGAAAAAAGAACACUGUUCAUGUUUAUUCUCGUGGUGGAGCGUCUGCUGUGGCCGCAGCUUCUAAGAUGUGAUUUAAAAGUGCCGUCCCGCUGCACACACACAGAUUCAUUCUCUUAUAGAGUGUGAUAUAGUGUUAUAAUGCCUAAUUCAUUCCAUAUAUGGUAUAGAAAUACAGACAUAUCUAAUAUGGCCAAUUCACAACACAAGUGAUCUUAGCAAAAUCUUAGCAAAUCUUAGCAAACUCCUUAAUCAUGAUUUAUGCCUUCAAGCAAAAUGGAGGCCUUUGCAUACAAAGAUUUGAGCUAAUCCAAACUAAAUCAGCAUAUUUCAGUAUCUUUCUGCAUUUUGAUUUGUGUGAAAUGUAGAAUAGGCCAAAAUAAUCUGAGAAUUAAAGCAAGUGUGUUUAGUUUAAAUGCUGUAUGACACUUGAUUUUUUUUUUUUUCUCUCUCUACAAUUUAUAAAUACCUUGGCUACUUAUGCAGUUUUUAAGCUGAAUUAAGAUGGAAUGAAUGCUUUCCGUCCUUUUUGCCUUGACUGAAUAUAAUUCAGUUCUCAUAAUAUGAAUGUAACUCGUUUUGUCGUUUUCUAAUUAAUAAAUGAUAAUAUUUGAUCUCA